UGUUCAUGGUGCCAGCUAUCUGGCCACCCAGGCCCGACUUGGCAACACCGCUGUGGCUCUUUUCCCGCCAAAACUCCUCCCGUGUUUUCGCCCGUUAUUACCCGCAUUUCCAGUGUUAAGUGCCCCAUUAUGGACCCCCAGGAGCUAGACCAGCGCCUCCGCGACAUGCAGCACGAGUACUUGGACUUCCUCGAUGACGAGGAGGACCAAGGCAAGUACGCCACACUUGUUAAAAACAUGGUUGCGGACCACAGUUUGCGGCUUGUGGUGAAUGUCAAUGAUUUGCGCCGCAAAAACCCGGCCAGGGCUGCCGCCCUCCUCACUAACGCUUUUGAGGAGCAUUCGGCGUUUCAGAAAGCCCUCAAAGAGUAUGUUUACACAGUCGCGCACGACUAUGCCAAGGAAAACGACGAGUUUUUCAUCGCCUUUGAGGGGAGCUUCGGCAAUAAGCAUGUUACUCCAAGGAGUUUGACUUCGAGGUUUUUGGGGAAUUUGGUCUGUGUUGAGGGGAUUGUGACGAAAUGCUCGUUGGUGCACCCCAAGGUCGUCCGGAGUGUCCACUUUUGUCCAGUAACGAAAAAAGUAAUGGAAAGGAAAUACACUGAUUUGACUUCGUUAGAUGCCUUCCCCACAUCGUCGGUGUACCCCACUAAAGACGAGGAUGGCAAUUUAUUGGAGACAGAAUUUGGGCUUUCGGUGUAUAAAGACCACCAAACUAUUUCCAUUCAGGAGAUGCCUGAAAAGGCCCCCGCGGGGCAGUUGCCCCGUUCGGUUGAUAUAAUCUGCGAUAAUGACCUUGUUGAUAGGUGCAAACCCGGGGACCGCAUACAAGUGGUGGGGAACUACCGGUGCCUUCCCAACAAACAGGGGAGCUUCACUAACGGCAUUUUCCGCACUGUGGUGAUUGCAAGUAACGUGUCCCAACUGUCAAAAGAAGCAAAUCCUUCCAUUUCACGUGAAGACGUCGCCAAAUGUAAAAACUUGGCCAAAUCGAACAAAAACGUCUUUGAAUUAUUAGCCAAGUCUUUGGCGCCGUCAAUCCACGGCCACGAGUACAUCAAGAAGGCGAUCCUGUGCCUCCUUUUGGGCGGAGUCGAGAAGAUCCUGCCCAAUGGGACGCGCCUAAGAGGGGACAUAAACGUGUUACUGAUUGGCGAUCCCAGCGUUGCUAAGUCACAGCUCCUCCGAUACGUGUUAUGCACCGCCCCUCGGGCCAUUCCCACCACUGGGCGUGGAUCGUCGGGGGUUGGUCUAACCGCAGCGGUUACAACCGAUCAGGAGACCGGCGAGAGGCGGUUAGAGGCCGGUGCGAUGGUUUUGGCCGAUCGUGGCGUCGUGUGCAUUGAUGAGUUCGACAAGAUGUCGGAUAUGGACAGGACGGCCAUUCAUGAGGUCAUGGAACAGGGGCGUGUCACUAUUGCCAAGGCGGGGAUUCACGCAAGUUUGAAUGCCAGGUGCUCGGUUUUGGCGGCGGCCAAUCCGGUUUACGGAAAGUAUGAUCAGUACAAGACGCCAAUGGAAAACAUCGGGUUGCAAGACUCGCUCCUGUCGCGGUUUGAUUUGCUGUUCGUGAUGUUGGAUUCAGUGGAUGAGGAUCAUGAUUUGAUGAUUUCGGAUCACGUGGUCAGGAUGCACCGAUAUAGAAAUCCGGGUGAGCAAGAUGGCGAAGUCCUGCCAAUGGGCUCAAGCGUGGACAUGUUGAGUACAAUGCGCCCCGAGGAAGUCGACGACGACAAGGUCACCCCCAUGUAUGAAAAAUACGACGCACUUCUACACGGUGAAAGUCGCAAAAAAACCGACAAAAUCCUAAGUGUGGAUUUCAUGCGUAAAUACAUCCAUUUCGUGAAAAUCCUCAAACCGACACUAACCGAACAAGCGUCGGAAAUCAUCGCCGAUGAGUACUCCAAACUCAGGUCGGAGGACGUCCUUGAAAAUCACGUCGCCCGGACACAACCUGUGACACCCCGUACGCUUGAAACCAUGAUCCGAUUGGCCACAGCGCAUGCCAAAGCCCGCAUGUCUCGCACUGUUACCGCACAAGACGCCUACGCAGCAAUUGAAUUGGUGCAAUAUGCCUAUUUCAAAAAAGUGCUCGAGAAGGAGAAAAAACGGCGAAGAAACGCACAAUCCGAGUCCGAAAAUGAAGAAAUGGAGGAGGAAUCACAAAGAACGAAGAAAUCGCGGCAAGAAGUGGAAGAAAGUGAGGAAGAAAUGGAGACUGAAACAAUUGAAAUUGACUCAACGCCUGCCAUGAUCACGAGUGAGAGGCUGACUCAGUUUCGGUCAAGUCUCGACAGGGCUUUCCGGGACAACAGGGCGCAGUCUCUAAGUCUUGCCCGCAUCCGCGACUCCGUCAACACUGACAAUAUAGCCCCCUUCAGCCAAGGCGAAAUCCGAGCCGCAAUUGACCAAAUGACUGAAGCCAACCAAGUGAUGUUGGCGGACGGGAUCGUAUUUCUCAUCUAAUUGUAACAAUUAAUUAAAUAAAAACUGCGAUUUUUUUAAUAAAAAA